UAAAAACUUUAAAAAGGCGGGGGAGGAGGUUUCCAGGGUUUUCUGCGUUUGUGGGUUGGGUUUAUUAUUAGGGUUUAGGAAGUUUCGACUUUAGAGAGUGAGAGAGAUUGAGAUUGGCAUUUGAAAUCAAAUCAUGCACGCACCGGUGCUGGUUCUGAAGGAUUCUCUUAAGCGAGAGUCGGGAAGCAAAGUGCAGCAUGCCAAUAUCCAAGCUUCCAAGGCUGUUGCUGAUAUUAUCCGUACAACCCUUGGCCCUAGAUCUAUGUUAAAGAUGCUAUUAGAUGCUGCUGGAGGAAUUGUGGUGACCAACGAUGGAAAUGCUAUUCUGCGUGAAUUAGAUGUCGCACACCCAGCUGCAAAGUCUAUGAUUGAACUUAGUCGCACUCAAGAUGAAGAAGUAGGAGAUGGAACAACAUCUGUUAUUGUCCUUGCUGGUGAGAUGCUUCAUGUUGCUGAAGCAUUUAUUGACAAAAACUAUCAUCCUACAGUCAUCUGCCGAGCCUACAAUAAAGCACUGGAGGAUGCUGUAGCUGUACUAGACAAAAUUGCUAUGUCUAUCGAUUUUAAGGAUCGCGUGACAAUGUUGGGGCUGGUUAAGAGCUGUAUUGGCACAAAGUUCACUAGUCAAUUUGGGGAUCUAAUUGCUGAUUUAGCAAUUGAUGCCACCUCAACAGUGGGAGUUGAUCUAGGCCAAGGCUUGCGCGAGGUAGAUAUCAAAAAGUACAUCAAGGUUGAGAAAGUUCCUGGUGGACAGUUGGAAGAUUCCGAAGUUCUUAAAGGUGUCAUGAUUAACAAGGAUGUUGUUGCUCCUGGCAAAAUGAGAAGAAAGAUUGUGAACCCACGUAUUAUACUUCUUGAUUGUCCCCUUGAAUACAAAAAAGGUGAGAACCAAACAAAUGCUGAACUGGUUAAAGAGGAGGACUGGGGAGUUCUGUUGAAGAUGGAAGAAGAAUACAUCGAAAACCUCUGUGCACAGAUAAUUAAGUUCAAGCCGGACUUGGUUAUCACGGAGAAGGGCCUUAGUGAUUUGGCAUGCCAUUAUCUGAGCAAGGCUGGUAUUAGUGCGAUCAGGAGGUUGAGGAAAACAGACAACAAUAGGAUAGCCAAGGCAUGUGGUGCUGUCAUUGUAAACAGGCCGGAUGAAUUGCAAGAGUCUGAUGUUGGUACUGGGGCCGGGCUUUUUGAGGUUAAGAAGAUUGGUGAUGAGUUCUUUGCCUUUAUUGUUGAUUGCAAGGAACCAAAAGCAUGUACUGUACUCUUAAGAGGUCCUAGUAAGGAUCUCCUGAAUGAAGUUGAAAGAAACUUGCAGGAUGCCAUGUCUGUAGCGAGGAACAUAAUAAAAAAUCCGAAGCUUGUUCCAGGAGGUGGUGCUACAGAAUUAACUGUGUCUGCUACUUUGAAGCAGAAGAGCUCAUCUGUUGAAGGCAUUGAGAAGUGGCCUUAUGAAGCUGCUGCUAUAGCUUUUGAGGCUAUACCACGAACUUUGGCACAGAAUUGUGGGGUUAAUGUGAUUCGAACCAUGACUGCAUUACAAGGACAGCAUGCAAAUGGUGAAAAUGCAUGGAUCGGAAUAGAUGGAAACAGUGGUGCAAUUGCUGACAUGAAAGAGCGGAAGAUCUGGGAUGCCUACAAUGUGAAGGCGCAAACCUUUAAGACUGCCAUAGAAGCUGCAUGCAUGCUUCUGAGGAUUGAUGACAUUGUGAGUGGGAUUAAAAAGAAGCAGGCCCCUGGAGCGGGCCAAGCUCCAUCGAAGCCUCAGAUUGAAACAGAGGCAGAUGCUGACAGUGAGCAAAUUCUUCCAGACUGAAGAUAUUGAGGCUGUUGGUCUGAAUUGUAAUGAAGGAUUUUACCAUAAAGCCUGUCGUUUUUUGGAUUUAUAGGAUUUUUAAUUUGAGCACUAAUCGAAAUUUUGGGUCCUCCAUCUAGGGUGUGGUGCUCUCUGGAACCACCUAGAAGAAUGCUUUUGUGACCUAACAUGGAAAUCUUGCUUAACUGGGAUUUCUGGCAUGAACGGCAUGCUUUUGGUUAUCAUGCUUUGGGGAAAUUUUCGUCAUCCUCUUAAUAUUGCCGUUUUCUUUCGUAUAUCA